CGAAUGUGAGCGGUACACGCCUGUGUGUAACGGAGCGCACCCACAUCCGAUUGGCCACGCUCCGUAUUACGUACCCGGAAGUAAACAAACUCGAGUCGUCCAGCCGCUGAACCCCAAGGUGAGAAGUCUUCAGAGCAGCAUGUGGAGAGAAGGUCCAGAAUAAAAGAUGAGGGUUUCCACCAGCCACCUGCAGCAGCUCGCCAUCUUCACCACCCUGCUGACCGGGGGAGGGGUCGGCACCAUGUACUACCUGCUGCAGAAGAGGUUUGCUGAGUCAGACUACCACCGGCUGGCUCUCCAGAAGUUGGAGGCGUGUCCAGUUGCCAUGGAGAUGCUGGGGGCCCCCCCCCUAAAAGUCUACAACAUCCAUCUGACGGACAGAAACAACCGCGUGGACCGGCGCACGGCUCAGAUUAAGAUCCCUGUGAAGGGGUCGGAGACGGGAGGCUACCUGUAUGCUGCUUCGGUUCAGGACCCGGACACCAACAGGUGGAGUCUGAAGCAGGCGGUCCUGAAGCUGCGGGAAGGACGGACCAUCGACCUGCUGAGCCCCCCCUCGCCGGCCUCAGGGACCCCCGAGGAGCUGGACACCGGCGGCUGGCACUGAGCUCCGUCAGGGGAGGAGAGGAACCAGCAGAUCAGCAUAUGUACCCAAUGGCAGCUCCUCCCCUCUCGGUUAGGGGACAGUUACCCAUGGUGCACUGGGCUUCUUUGUUCUGUGUUUGAUUAAAUCAUGUGAAGCAGGCA